AGUCGCCUCUAGGAAUACAAACUAGGCAAAUACCGGCAGGUUCUAAUUGACAUUUCAAAGGCUGAUGAGUCUGACGACUCCUUAUGCAUGUUACCGCGACCGGCCAGGUAGUCGGGACGCGCAGUGGCCGCAGGACCGCCGGUCAACCAUGUUCUGGAAGAAAGAGCCCCAGCCUGCCGUAGGCCCGCCAGUGUCGGACGAGCUCCAUGCCAUCCGGGAUGAGGUACAAGCGGAGCGGACGCGCCUGCGCGGGGAGCGCGCCGCGCUGCCCACCGUGGCCGAGUUCUACAAGGGCCGCAGCGUGUUCGUGACGGGCGGCUCCGGCUUCCUGGGCCGCCUCAUCGUCGAGCAGGUGCUCCGGACGUGCCCGGACGUCGGCAACGUCUACCUCGUGCUGCGCGCCAAGAAGGGCGUCUCGCCGCUGGACAGGAUCAAGACCCUGACGGACGUGGCGUUGUUCGACAGGCUCCGCGCCGAGCAGCCCCACGCCCUGGACAAGAUCGUCGUGCUCCCCGGGGACAUCACGGAGCUGGGGCUCGGGCUGAGCCAGGAGCACAGGGCGCUGCUGCAGCGGGAGGUGUCCGUCGUGUACCACGUGGCGGCCUCGGUGCGCUUCGACGACCCCUUCCAGAAGGCCGUGUUCACCAACCUGCGCAGCACGCGCGAGGUCGUGGAGCUGGCCCGCGGCAUGCCGCUGCUCAAGUCCCUGGUUCACGUGUCCACGGCGUACUGCAACGCCGACCAGAUGCUGCUGCACGAGCGGGUGUACCGCCAGCGGCUCGACUGGCGGGACGUCGUCAACUGGGCCGAAAACCUCAACGGCGCCGACGUGCAGGCCGUCAACUACCUAGGCCAUAAGUGAGCGGACGUCAAGACUGAACA